AUGUUUGGGGGAAAAAUGAGCAGCAUUGGGAAGAAGCUGAUUCGCCGGCGUGUGGUGGAUCUGAGCUCCGAGGACACUCGUUUCGCUCGCUGCCUCUCCACGCUGGACCUCAUAGCCCUGGGAGUGGGCAGCACGCUGGGCGCCGGCGUGUACGUGCUGGCUGGGGAGGUGGCCAAGGAGAUGGCUGGUCCCUCCAUCGUCCUCUGCUUCCUGGUGGCUGCCCUCUCAUCUGUACUGGCCGGACUGUGCUACGCAGAGUUUGGGGCCCGAGUUCCCAAGACUGGUUCUGCCUACCUCUACAGCUACGUCACCGUUGGCGAGAUCUGGGCUUUCACAACUGGCUGGAACCUCAUCCUCUCGGUGUCACGGGUGGCGGUGGCAUGGGACCCUGGAGGCUCUCCACUCACCCCUUCCGUCCCCACAGCGCUGCUGGCUUUUGGCGUCAGUGAAUCUGCCCUCGUGAACAAAAUCUUCACAGCGGUGAACCUGCUGGUGCUGAGCUUUGUCAUCAUCUCCGGCUUCGUGAAGGGAGACCUCAAGAACUGGCAGCUCUCGGAGGAGGACUACAUCAACCGCUCGCAGGACGACUCCAUCGAUGACCUCAGGGAAAAAAACUUUGGCUCGGGUGUGUUUAUCCCCUUUGGGCUGGAAGGGGUCCUGACUGGCGCUGCCACGUGUUUCUACGCCUUCGUGGGCUUUGACUGCAUCGCCACCACAGGGGAGGAAGCCAGGAACCCACAACGCUCGAUCCCCAUUGGCAUCAUCGUGUCCCUUCUCAUCUGCUUCGUGGCUUAUUUUGGGGUCUCUGCAGCCCUGACCCUCAUGGUGCCCUACUUCCUCCUGAACAAGGAGAGCCCCAUCCCUGAGGCCUUCAAGGCGGUGCACUGGGAGCCUGCCCGCUAUGCUGUUGCCGUCGGCUCGCUCUGUGCCCUCUCCACCAGCUUGCUGGGCUCCAUGUUCCCCAUGCCCCGUGUGAUCUAUGCCAUGGCGGAGGACGGGCUGCUCUUCAAGCCCCUCUCCAACAUCAACAGCCACACGAAGACCCCUCUGGUAGCCACCGUCACCUCUGGGUUCGUAGCAGCGCUGAUGGCCUUCCUGUUUAACCUGAAGGACCUGGUGGACCUCAUGUCGAUCGGCACGCUGCUGGCCUACUCCCUAGUCGCUGUGUGCGUGCUCAUCCUCCGGUACCAGUCCGAGCAGCUGAAAUCCCCGAAGGCCAUGGAAAUGCUGGAACUGAAUGGGAACGAGGAGGAGAGGGUGAUCAUGAACCCGACUGUCACCACCGCCAGCGCGCAGCAGAAAGAGGUGCUGUCCCUGGAGACUCUCUUCAACCCACCUGCGGACACCCCCACCGUCAUCUGCCUGGUCCUGACCCUCAAGGUGACAGCGCUGAAGAAUGCCAGCGUGGGCUGGAUCGUGGCCCUGGUGCUGCUGCUGGUGGCUCUGCUCAUUCCCACUGUCAUCGUUUGGAGGCAGCCGCAGAACGACGCGCGGUUAAGCUUCAAAGUUCCUUUCCUCCCGCUCCUGCCGAUCCUCAGCAUCUUCAUCAACAUCCUGCUGAUGGUACAGCUGAGUGCCGGUACCUGGGUGCGGUUUGCCAUCUGGAUGGCCGUGGGUUUUCUGAUUUACUUCGGAUAUGGAAUUCGGAACAGCGUGGAAGGGAAAAACACGGAGGAGCCCUGUGCCGCAGUAGAGAAGCCUCUGCACCAUGCUAGACUGGACCUCAGCCCCAGUGCUGCUGCUGUCUGA